UCAGAAUAGUCUGACAGUGAAGCCACUCACUCAGUCCUCAUCGAAGAUAGUUCUGAACUUUACCAGCAAGCUGAGUGAAACUCGCUUCAUAGCUGAAAGGAGAAUGGACAACAUUGUGCAAUAUGAAUCACCACAGGUUCAAGUCUUUAUCAGGAGUGGACAUCAGUUUUUGGACAAGGUUCGGACAUUCCUUGCAAGUGCUGUGAGAGAGGGAAGUCUCCAACAAGAAAGAGCAAGAGCCCACUUCAAAGAGAUAUUGCACAUAAUAUUAUUUUAUGGCCAGAUUAAUCGUCCUAAGAUUCAACCACAAGAGAUUUUGCAGGAAAGUCAGAAUGAGUUCUCUGCUAGGUAUCCAGAUGUCUUUGAGAGGUGCAGAACCCACCUUCCAACACGUCCUCCUUUCACAGUACUACUUGAUGCGGUUGUUGAAGUUGUACGAGAAACAAGGGAAGAAAAUGUUUUGAAAUGUUUAUUGCGGCAGAUAAAUGAAAUGGAUGUUACUAAUGCUAACAACACGCCAUGUGGAAAUAUUUUUGUAUCAACAGUUAUCAACUUCUGCUAUUUUUAUGACACGGCUGCCAAAAAGAGAACACCCAAUUACUUUGGUGCUUCAGUGUCAUGUAAAGGAAGAAUACAGAGAGAAAUAAUGAUUGAUACAUUGUGUUGCCGCACAUGGCACAAUGCAAUUAGCUGGGCAGUAUGUGUUGGCAAUGAAUAUAAUGAACACGCUUUCGAAUUUCCUCCCAAUGUGGUCUCAAUGGCAUUUAACAUAUACACUCCGGGACAAAGCACUCAGGGAAACCAACGUAUUGAUCGUAUUCUGGCUAGAUUUGGGAAUAGGCCAGUGCCCAGGGUUCUUCAAAUUGUCACAGAAGUUAGAGAAUUUGGAUGCUUAGUCCCAGGGCACUUUGUGAAAGAUGCUCCACAAUGUUCCCAAACAUUCAGUUUUGUCCACAGUCACAAGCUCCUCAAACCGCUCAUUGGGAAUACGGAAACUGUGCAGAGUGUGAAUCACUAAGCCAGCUUCUGUAUUCUCAGGAGCAAAUUGCCACGAGACUGCGAUAUAAAUUUCAAAUUGGACACGAUGAAUUAAAACGUGAAAAAUAUGAACGACUUCAACAUAAUCUUCAACAAGUACAGUUUCCUUUUGAGCCUGAAAUUUCAUUUUACAAUAAUCAGCUAUAAAGAGAUCUACUCUGAAAAGAUUCCAACGUUGAAAGCACAUUAGAACACACAGUAUGUCAUAUUCCUGGUCAACCAACUAUUAAUUCAACUGCUUAUUUGCAGCUGUGGAGUAUUACGCUUUAUACAAUGUAUUCAAUUCAAUGGUUGGAGAAUUCUAGGGAACAUAUUACUAGUUUUCAAAUUUGUGUUUCCUCCAUUUAGUCGUUUAUCUGGAAAGUGAUCCCAGUGCAGUACAUCAAACACUUUUAAAGGUUAAACACCUGACUUUCUCCAAGCCAAGAUGGUAAUGAGUGAUCACUAAGCUUGUUGCAGUAUUAGUUAACCUGGUAUGAUUUCUGCAGAAAUUUGAAAAUUAAACAAUUAAUCAAUUCAAAUAGGCUCAUUCCUGUAAUCUAAUCAACUGUUUUAGAGUUACUUGUAGCACAGAAACUGGUCAUUGCAGAAUUAAAUAUUCCCCAAAUGCUGAUAAGAAUGCUGAAUGGCCAAUCUAACUUAUUUCCAUGACAUCAUAACAUGCUGGCCCUCAACGUUAACAUACAUCCAGAACGUUGGCAAACAAAGUGGGGGAUGGUAUAUCCCAUUUAGAAUAUUUUAUAUUGAUUUGCCAGGUGAUAUUCUAACCUAUAUUUCUAGAAUUCCACAUCUUAUUCUAAUCACAAGAAACUAAGAUGCUGAACAGUGGCACAGCAAUAAACUUUUAAUAUGUGUGUGAAUGAUCUCCCAUUGAACCUAAGACAAAUAUAUACUGAAAUCAUCUUCCUGUUUGAAUUACAGAGCUCUACUCCUUUAUUGAGAACAUUGCAAAGCAGAAAAACUAUGCUUACAUAAGCUCACAUCCAGAAAGAAAACUAUGCAUAGGUUAAGAUUUCAAACUGCAUGCUUAGUUUAGGCUUGGCUUAUAUUUCAAAUAUUCACUGUUAUAACAUUCUCUGACAAUAUCACAGUUAUAGAUUGCCAGUUGACCUCAUGAAAAUACAUUGGCUAUCUUUUUCAAGUUAUUCCACCAAUAAAUAAGAUACAUAGCUUAUUAUUUGUCUUAGAGACCGCUGAAACAUUAGGGAAGAUUAAUCUAACAACUGUUUCUAUUUAUUGUUACUUUCAUUAAUUAGGAGGGGCUUGUGAAAGACAAUUAGUUUCAAGCUGAGGAUAACCAACAAGUAGGUUUCCAUUAAUGGAAAACAAUGGGCUUAUGAUCAAUGAAGUUACAUUUAAAGAUUAAUUGGGUUUGUCUGGAGCCUGAUAAUUUUGGAACAAAAACAGAAAUUGCUGGAGAAACUAACCAGGUCUGGCUGCAUCUGUGGAGAGAAAGCAGAGUUAACAUUUUGAGUCCAUUGACCCUUCAUCAGAACUGAUCUUAGUGUGAGUAAAAGAGGAAUUUUACUCCUUCCUGACACUGAGAAAAAUAAUAAGACAUGACAUCAAAUAUGCACUCAAAAGAGUUAGAUUUUAACCUCAGACCACUAAUAUUUGAUUUGUAUCUUGCUACCUAUCCAUAUUUCUUCCUUUCCCCACUGUUGCUGAAAUACAGUUUAUUUGUGUACUCUCAUGCCUAGUUUUGUUGUUUUCUGACAAGUUCAUUUCAAUAAUGUUUCAUUUCCAAAUAUGUACCACUUACCAUCCACAUACACAUUGAAACAGGAGAUGUCAGUUUCUUGGCACAAGGCUCAGUGACUGGUUCCAAUGUUGGUAAAAUAGUAAAUUCAGUUCGGACCAUUUUGUUUACUUUACAUUGGUUUCCUGAACUUUCCUCAAUCUGUGGGCAGGUGUUUGCUACAGCCAUUUUGGGCCAGUGCCUAUUGCUUUUAAAAAAUAUUUUACUCCAUGAAAGGUCUCAGGUAUUAAAAUCAAAUGAUAGAAGUUGCAAGUAGACAGUCCAUUUUUACCUUUGGCAUGACAAACUUGAGAAUAAAUUCUCAGACUAGACUGUCACAUGGAGUACUACAGAGCGCCUAUGACUGGAGAGAGCUUGUUUUUUCUUUUAUGUAAAAUGUAUUUUUACAUUAAAGUUGCUCACAUUUAACUCUCUCAUAGGAACAAAAAUUACAAUGAGAUAGGCUGGCAUGGUAGCUCAGUGGUUAGCACUGCCGCCUCAUAGUGAUAGGGACCUGAGUUUGAUUCCAGCCUCAGGCAACUGUCUGUGUCGAGUUUGCAUGUUCUCCCUUUGUCUGCAUGGAUAUCUGUGGGUGCUCCAGUUUCCUCCUACAGUCGAAAGAUGUGCAGGUUAGGUGGAUUGACCAUGCUAAAUUACCCAUAGUGUUCAGGGAGGUGGAGGUUAGCCAUCGUAGGGUAGCAGGAUGGGUCUGGAUAGGAUGCAUUUUGGAGGGUUGCUGUGGACUUGUUGGGCUGAGUGGCAUGUUUCCACACUGAGGAUUCUAGAGAAAAAAAAUAGCUUUGCAGUAAACUUCAUAAUAAUGUAUUUUAGACCUUUUUCAGCAUAAGAUCUUUUUCACAUCUGCCUAAAUGUUAUUACAUUGAAAUCAUUUCAAUGUUAUAUUCCAAUUAAAUAUGUUGCAUUCUGCGAAAAUGCUUGACUUAAUCGCUCGCUUUUAACAACUAUCAAAAGUCUUUGGAGAAUUUGCUGGGCAAGGCAGUUUUGCAUAACUAAUAUUUUUCACCUGUGUUGACAGCAUCAGAUUUGUUGGAAUACAGUAAGAAAAUAAUUAUCUGAGAGUUGAAACCACAAGUAGUUUGUAGACGUCAGCUACACUGAAUGCUGUUGGAGACAGAAUAUCAAUUGAUUUUUACCAAAGCUUUUUGAAUUCAAUACACUGUAAUUUUAUCAAAGUCAAUGCAAAUAAAUAUUAUGCAGA